UUCCAAGUUGUUGGACAACUUGGGAUGAAGUAUAAAAACCUGGGCAACUCAUGGUCCUUCCAUCCAUUUCUCUUACCUUCUUUGCCGUGGUCAGUAGGGGUAGCAUUAUGGCCAUGUGGUUAGGGCAUUCUCUGCAAAGGGAACGUCGAGGUUUUCAGCAGCACCACAUGCCCCGGUUCCUGGGUGAGUUUACUAACCACGGAGGCUUCAGGAUUUACCUCCGCCCCAGAGAAAUGUCCUGCUAUGACCUGUGUGCUCCCACCCCCUGCGGCCCGACCCCACUGGCCAACAGCUGCAACGAGCCCUGUGUGCGCCAGUGCCAGGACUCCACAGUGGUGAUCCAGCCCUCUCCCGUGGUGGUGACCCUGCCAGGACCCAUUCUCAGCUCCUUCCCCCAGAACACCACCGUGGGAUCCUCAGCAUCUGCAGCUGUUGGGAGCGCUCUCAGUGCAGGAGGAGUCCCCAUCUCCUCUGGCAGCUCCUUGGGAUUUGGGAGCCUUGGUUAUCCUGGCCUGGGCAGUGGGUACAGCCGACCCUACCGCCGCUACAACACCUACCGCAGUGGCUUCAAUGGGCCAUGCUAGAGCAUGAGCUGCAGGCAUGAUGAGAUGACCAGAAAUGCUGAAGCAUGACCCGAUGUGGGAGAGAGCUCCUGGCCAUGGUUACGUGGUUUUGGACACCCACAACUCUGCCUGAAGUUAGUGGAGCUGUGACAGCUUGGCAUGCCCUAAAAUCAGGCCUUUCCUUGUCUUUUGUUAUGCUUUACAUUAUGUUUCUGAUCAUACCUUGUUUUCUUCUACUUUUUUCUUCUUUUUUUAUUUUUAUUUUUAUUUGACAAUGAUUAGGUAAAAUAUGUAAUUAUUAGGAGUUGUUCUGCAUGGCUGAAGUAGUACAGUCCACUUAAAUCAUAAAGAAGGAAGAGCUCAUUUUGCUGAAUGUAUCACUGUGAGAGGGAUGAGUGGGUGCUGUCCUUACCGGACUCUGGAAAUAUAUUCCUUGCAUUUUACAUUGCUUCCUUCCAUGCCUCAGCCUCAUUAAAUUGGUGCUGCAUUA